ACUUGGAUAACGAAGGUGUGAUAUUUCUAACUGACAUAGACUAACCAUGAUAUGGUUCGCUGUUCUUCUCGCGUUGGUUAGCAUUUCAGAGUGUAACUCGCAGCGUCCCGCCAACUGUCCGUCGAAAAAAUGCGACGGACUGAUGCAAAUGAAGGACGCCAUGGUGAACCUUCCGUUCGGAUGUCUUCCUUCCGAGAAUUUGAGAAGCUUGUGGCGGUGCAUGUGUGAAACUCGAAAGGAUCAGUGUUUCGCCGACGUCUACAAUAACUGCUCUAAGAUAGUGGAGGCUUCCGGGCAAGGAUGCAAAACGUGUGACAGAGAGGUGUUACUAGCAAGCGUCGAUUCAUUUCGUGCGGUGGACAACAGGUGCUGUUGUCCUGUAUUCCACGGCACCUUGAAUGGCUGUUUGUGCUCGGUGAUACUUGAUGAUUGUCCUGGGCCUCAAUUUACCGAUUGCUAUCAACAAGCAGCAGCUGCAGCGAUCGCUGCCCAAUCAUCUUAAGCAUAUGCUGUCAGCUCUUAAAUGUAUAAUAAAUUCGCCCUUAUUAUAGUGCAGUUAUUUACUUA